AUGUCUCGUAACAACACUCACGCCCCAAUUUUCGAAGUAGCGUUCGCAAAUUGCUAUAUAUCAGACGACCGACCUCGCAGUGCAAAAAUGCUAGUUCCAUCGAGGUCGAUUCCUUACUUGUCGUUUGAAGACGAUUUCUAUCAAGAACCUGGUCCCAAGCAAGAACCAAAAAUCAAUUCCAAAUUCAAGGCUGUAAUACCAUUUGGCGAUUUUCUCAGAGAUGGCCCAACUUCACUUGAUUUCUGGAAGUUGUUCAAGAUGCUCCCUGUCGGAGUACGAAACAGGAUUUACAAACUUUUGAUAUUCGCGUGGUCCCCAGAUUCCCAACAUGCGCGCCUCUCUCGCAAUGGAAGACGAUUUGCUGUUUCCAGAAGAGUUUCAGCCGACCGUGCUCUUCCUCCUAUUCAUUAUGUAUCCGACGAUGUUUUAGGUCUUACAGAAGAUGAUCUUAAGGACUGGAAAAAUGAGAAAUAUUGGGCGCAGUCAGAGGGAAUGCUCGAUUUCUUCAAACCGAACGAAUACCGGGGUAUUCAGAAAUUAAUAUGGCUUUUAGAAAAAGUCGAAUAUGCACUCCAACUGGACGAAGCAAGCAGUACCAACCUGACUAUGGGCGGGAAAGGAAAGGGCAAAGCGAUACAAAAGAUAGACGUUGCACAUGAUGAAUACAUCAAUCUCUGGAAGGAAAUUGUCGACUUCUUCUGGGAUAACGUUGUUAUUGACUUCGGUGAGCGUCUAAAUUUUGGCACCAUUAUUUUAAAAGAUGCCAAGAAACAGAAAAAUGUAUUUUGA